AUGCCGCCCAAACGCAAGACACUCAAUGCCGCUGCCGAAGCCAAUGCCCACGCUGAUGGCCAUGCUGAUGCCCACGCUGAUGGCCAUGUCGCUAACACUUCAGCAAGCAGCAACAACGCCCGUUUUGCGGACUUAACCAACAUUGACACACCCGGCCUCGGCCCUACCACGACGACGUCACUUGUCGAGCCCGCUCGUUCAAAACGCCAGAGAGUCUCGAGGGCCUGUGAUCAGUGUCGAGCUGCACGCGAAAAGUGCGAUGGAAUCCAGCCGGCUUGCUUCCCCUGUGUGUCGCAGGGCCGGUCGUGUACCUACCAGGCCAGUCCCAAGAAGCGAGGUGUCCAGACGGGCUACAUCCGCACUCUCGAACUGGCUCUUGCUUGGAUGUUCGAGAACGUUGCCCGCAGCGAGGAUGCCCUCCACAAUCUUUUGGUCCGUGAAGCUGGCCAGGGCAGCGCUCUCCUGGUCGGCAAAGACUCGCCUGCUGCAGAACGCCUGCAUGCAAGAUGGGCGACGAGUCGAGUCAACAAAAGCAUCACCCGUCUUCUCUCAGGUCAGGCCGCACAUGAUCCAUCUGAAGACGGCCAAUCCCCGUCCGAAGACAUAAAUGUCCAAGAUGCCGGGGCAAAGACAUCCGACUUCCCUCAUGCGCCUCACUUGACUUUCUCGGCGCCUAGUACAGCUGAGACACGCACUCUACCAGGCCCGGUCCGACCACCUAUUUCGGCAAACACCCUGGAAAACAACCUUCAGCCAGAUAGUACCGGGAUAGGGAAGCUACCACCCAAUCAUUGGCGCUUGCUGGAUAUCUACUUUUCCUACACGCAUUCUUGGCUCCCUAUCCUCGAGAAGAAAGACAUGUACCAAGCAUUGUACCAGUAUUCUGAACAAGGCUCGUUGCUUCCCUCUGCGAAUGUCGAGUCUGGCGUUCAUGCCGAGCUCUGGAGCGCACUCGCCCUGGCGUCCUUCCAGGCUGCUGCUACUGCUGCAUCGAGUGCUACGGGUCCAGCUUCAGCUGCUCAUGGCCAUGACAAUGCCAUCAAUCCUUCACCUGCAGACAUAUCUGACACAGCCCGAAAGCUCAUACCUUUGGAAAGCGGGCCGUUCCAGGUUCAGCACUGCAGAGCGUUGCUGCUUCUUUGUCUCGUAAGCCUUGGACGAGAUGAUUGGGAGUCUGCUUGGUUGCUGGUUGGCUUUGCGGUUCGCGUCCUACUUGUUGUUCGCACCCAGUUGCCUCCUGAUGAUGACCGGCCACGACCAAGAAUGCGUGCGCUGCUCGUCGCGUGCUUCAUCGUGGAUACCAUUGUGUCUAUGAGACACAACGUGCCGGCCCAUCUCAAGCCAGACGACAUUGCGGAUCUGCCGUUACCUGAAGACGGUCAAGAUCAAUGGGAGCCGUGGACACCAUGUGAGGGCUUAGGCGGUGAACACACCAUGCUGCAAAUGUUGAGGAAUCCGGCAUACCCUUUAAGCACAUUCAACCACCUAUAUGGCGUGACCAAGCUGGUUGCUUUGGAGCUUCUGCCAAGAAUACGAACAUCUUCACAGAACGCUCCCUCGGAGUUCAGGUCGCGGUUGCAGCAGGUAAUCGGCCACAAUUCUCCCUUCAGCGUCUUUGUCCUUUCCCAGGAUACAGCAUCGGCUUUUGUGCCUACUGCAUACCUUACCCGUACCGUUUAUUUAUGGGCAGCUGCCUUUUCUGAGCCUCUCAACGAACACUACUCGCAUCUUCUGAUCGAAACUCUUGAUCAGUAUCAGAAGCGGUUUGGUACAUAUGCAAUCCCACCUCUGAUCCCUUCUCUACUAGACUCCCUUCUUGCUUUAAAGAAACAAUCACAUUCUUCAGAGCGGCAUCGAAUGCACUUGGAGGAGCUUUUCCCCGCCUACUCCUCCAUUUGGUCUCGGGGAGGCCGACACAGCAAUACUGGCCUCCAACCCAUACGACAACUUGAGCUUCCGCCGACUGCAACUGCAACUGCAAAUAUCAUGCCCCAUGUCAUGGAACAGCCCCCGUCGACGUCAAUAAAUCCGGUCAACGAUCGGUUCAAUGGAAUACCGAAUCCUACCCCCUACAAUAGCGAUGCGGCCCUAGACGCAAUUACUCAAACCAAUGACUACGGAUCAGUCAAUACCCAUGGCAUUCUCAGUACAUUUCCACCACCUGCCACCCACUUGAACGAGGCCUCGGUGGCCCUUGCGCAUGGAGGUGCUCCUCCCAGACCACCACCGCCAUACGUUGAUAGUACAACGAACCAUCCUCCUCACCAUAGUAACCUCGUCCCCAUGGCCAAUUUCGGAUAUUCGACUGUAGACUACGAUGCGAUGGUGGAUGAUCUGGCAUCGAUUGAGUACACGGAUGCGGUUGACGUUGAUCCGCAGUUCAUGACGAACCUCGGGUUUGUCCCAGGGUGUAAUUUUAGCGAUAUCAGCACGUAUGAGCAAUAG